CUUAAAGAAUUGAUACAUAUGAGAACAGAACGGGUGUGGGAUGUGAUGGAGCUAUAGAACUGGUGCUGCACUUGUUAAUUUGAAACUUCGUCCCUUCAUCCAUUCUUCAUCUCUGUCAUGUUCUAGCAUGGAUCUAAGGACAUGGAUUUGCACAGCUCAGUCGAAACACCUCAUAAAAUGGAGCCUAAUGCUCCUGUAUGUGUUGGUAAAGAAGAGGAAAUAAAACAGUCACAAAGAAUAAUAGCCAGUGUCCAUGACAGAGAAGUUGUCAUUUUCUACCAUGAAGGGAAAUUUUAUGCUAUGGACUGUGGUUGCUACCAUGCAGGAGGUCCUUUACAUCUUGGAGAGAUAGAGGAUAUCAAUGGACAGCCUUGCAUUAUUUGCCCUUGGCACAAGUAUAAAAUUACUUUGGCAACAGGAGAAGGAUUAUAUCAAGCAAUAAACCCUACAGCUCCAUCCCCAACACCAAAAUGGCGAUCAAAGGGGAUAAAGCAAAGGACUCACAAGGUUACUGUAGACAAUGGAAAGGUUUAUGUUACUCCUUCUGACUUAUCUAUCAGGUGUGACUCUGAUUACUAUGCUGACAAGUACAAAAAAACUGGAAGUUCUGAUAUGAAAAAAUAAUGCACAUUCUGAACUUCAAAAUCAGUGGCCAUAAUGCAAAA